AUGGCGUCAAGUACGGUACCAGCCGCCAAUGACUUUCAACCUGGAUCUAGAGGAUCUGGGAACCAACCUUCGUCCCUCCGCGAUCUCGAAAGCGGCCUUCACAGCCCUGCCGCAGCCACAAAGACUGAGUAUCUCACGCAUAUCCCUGAGGAUUACAUGGUAGCCAUCGAAAGAGCUCUCGGUAGGACUUGUUGCUGGUUGCAUUUCACGGUAGCUGACAUGGUAUCAGGUGGACCGCCUCACUCGGAACACAGUUUGAUUCAACACUUCUGGCCUGCUUUCGGUCUCAAGGAGGGUAUCUACAAGCAAGUCACCAAGUACCGUUACUUCGCGCAAUACAAGUUCUACCUUGUCUCCGUGCUGUACAACCUCUGUCUCAUUGCGCAACUCGUUCUCGGCGCGGCUCUGACCUCUCUCUCUGCUGCUGCCAGCACCAAAAAUGGAAUCGCCAUCACGAUUAUUGCAGCUGCGAACACGGUAAAUGCUGGAGUUCUCGCGUUGCUUCAUGGUAGUGGAUUACCUGCUCGGUUGAGGAGUGAUAUGACAGAAUACGAGAAGGUUGCCACGUGGAUGGAGGAAGUGAUGCGUGGCGGUGUGGCUUUGGGAGUGGUGAUGACUGGUACGCCUGGGGACAAUGAGGUAACUGUUCGGGAUCGUGUCGUUGGAGAGGCGACGAAGAGGUUCUUGAAAGCUAGAGGGACGGUGGAGAAGAACAAGCCGAGUGCUUAUAGUGGCCACAGUUCUCAACAUACCUCGCCUGGUUCACACGCUCCUACAACACACCCUACCGGUACUGGUGCGGGUACGGCUCCACCUACGCGUCAGAGUACCGCUAUUGGAAGGCUAUGA